GCAGCAUCACGUGACCAGGCACUGUCAUGGCGGCCUCCGCUGCAGCCCGGGCGACCAUCGGACUGACUUUAAGACUGGCUAAAGUUGCACCUCAGUGCCGCGUUUGUCCGUUUAACCGGUUAAACAUUUGCAACGGUGCCACGAUAGCAAAGCCGAGUCGCCGUUUCUCAGCACCGAGCAGACAGUUACAGACUUCUAUAAAUCGGCACCAGAUUGACGAGGGCGGUUCAACGGUAGAAGAGCCAGAUGAGGAUGUCAUUAAUGUGGUGUUUAUUGACCGUUCUGGACAGAGGAUACCGGUGAAGGCAAAAGUAGGAGACAACGUUCUGUAUCUAGCGCACAGACAUGGCAUUGAUCUUGAAGGGGCCUGUGAGGCAUCAUUGGCUUGCUCCACGUGUCACGUUUAUGUAAAUUUUGAGUACUUCGAUAAGCUUCCUGAGCCUGAAGAAAGUGAGGAUGACAUGCUGGACAUGGCCCCAAUGCUGGCAGAGAACUCCCGUCUUGGUUGCCAGAUUAUUUUGACCCCCGAGCUGGACGGCAUAGAGCUGACCCUUCCAAAGAUCACGCGGAACUUCUAUGUUGAUGGUCACAAGCCCAAACAUCACUAAGAAAAGCAGGUUGAAGUAAAGGCUGUGCAAACGUGGGAAACUUCUUAUAUGAGGAGGACUGAGACUCUCACGUUUAAAGAAUGGAGGCGCAGUGCAGAGAACAUCACAACAUCAAUCUGAUAUUUCUCUUUCCAAGUGUCUCCAGACACUCCACCCAUAUACUGUAUCUGGUAAAACAUCUGGAUCAAGAAAAGCACUUGGUCCUUUUGGCCACGAACAUAGAAAUGCCUUUUGAAAUUGGUUAAACAGCUUGAAUGGGAAGUUUUAGAGCCACCACAGAGUAUUGAAAUUCUCCUGCAUUAUUGUACAAACUCCAAAGAUAGUAAAGGUGGCGUUUUUUUUUUUGUUACGCACAUAAAUCAGCCGCACAAUUUUUGUAUUUCCUUAUACAUGUGUGGAUAAAUGAAAUAGAUCACAAGAUAAAAGUUGGUCUAGCAUUCAUUUGUUUUUUUAGUAUGUUUUAUUUUUAUUCUUUUUUUUAUUUUUAUUUAAACAAAUGUUUUAAUUUGCAUUCAUCUUUCUCAAGGGCUAAAAAUUGAUCAGAAUAAGAAUCAGAUCUACUGGCUUAGUGUGUUGACACACAAGAAAUUUGGUUCCUGCUGUUUGUGACUCAAAAGUACAGACAUAAAUAACACUAUACUAUAUGAGACAAUACAGACGAUGUGAGACAAUAUAGACAGUACGGGUAUUAAAUAGGAAUACAGAAUAUAUGACAUUAGUUAUGUACAUAAAGUGUGAGAGUGUGUGGUAGUGCAAAUAAUAUUAUGCUUUUGUACAAUAUACAGCAGCAAUAGUGUGUGUAACAUACAGAUGAUGUGAUGACUGACAGUUCUGAUAAUGCAGCACUUAUAGAUAUGAAGCAGGGAAUAUAAUUAUGGUGAGUUGUUAAUCAGGGUGAUAAAGGGCCUGGGGAAAGAAACUGUUCCUGUGUCUGGCAGUUUUGGUAAUCAAAGUUCUUUAGUGCCUGCCAGAAGGGAGGAGCUGAAAGAGGUUGUGUCCAGGGUGUGAAGGGUCAGUAGUGAUGUUUCCUGCCCGGUUUCUGGUUCUUGUAUUGUACAAGGCCUGGGGAGCGGGCCGGGGGGCACCGAUUAUUUUCCUGCUGUUUUAACUGUGUUGCAGUCUGUUCCUGUCCUGUUUUGUUGUAGACCCAAACCAGAUGGUGAUGGAUGUGCACAGGACAGAUUCAAUGGCUACAGUGUAGAACAGCAUCAACAGUUUCUGUGGCAGACCAUACUUCUUUAAUUGACAUAGAAACUACAUCCUCUACUGGGAGUGGAGUAUUUCCGGAAUUAUUGUAUUAAAAGCUGAAAUGAAGUCGACAAUCCCGGCCUAUGUCCCUGGGCAGCCAAGGUGUUGUAGAAUGUAGUGCAGCCCAAUGUUGACUGUGUCAUCCACCGAUCUGGUUGCUCAGUUUGCAUGGAGAAGAAAACCCUCUAUCACUGGACUGAGUUCUUGGAGACAGAGGUGACUGGGCUAGGGUUAGUUAAGUUAAAGCCAUGAUGUCACUGGGCUGUUUGGUUGUUGAGAGAAAUCGUCUAAAACCGGUUUUCAAACCGGGGUUUCAUCUGUCUGUGUAAUUGAGUCAAGACAAGAUAUGACAAAAAUAUAAUUUUGUAAACAAUUUAAUUAAUUCUCUGAGCCUGGCAGAAUAUGCAUAUUAACAGGAUUUAUGCCAUGGGAACUAUUAUAAAAGCCAUCAUGUUAUCGAUUUACGGGUUUUAACUGUUAAUAUACAUAACAAUUAUAAUCUCACACACAUCUCAAAUAUGGAAGCCCACUUGUGACCACAAGUAAACAACUAAACCCACCCAACUGUAGCUGCAACUGACUUGUAAGUGGCUUUUUGUGUAAUGUUUGUUGUCGAAUAAAUAAAUAAAUCUAAACCAUAAAA